GCCCUACCCAUGCUGUCACAUACGCUAUUGUGGCACAGAUAUAAACAUGCGUCCUCUAUAUAUCUCUAUGAGCUAGCCUAACCGGAGCCAGCUGUGUCAGAUGAAUAGAGAGAAAUAGGGUGUCAUUUGUUCAGAGACUUACACUAACAUUACAAUUAUUGAAUUGUCAUCGAAAUAUUGAAUAAUGGAUUUAAACAUUAUCCUGUUGCAGCUUCAAACUGAUAAUGAAGAGGACAUUGAAAGGCUUUUGCACCAGUACAACGGAGAGAAUAAUCUCACAUUCACCUUUGACCCAAAAGGGGAGGAUCUACGAAGUAGGCUGUGUCAGGGCCUACUGACUGUGCUAGGGAGGCAGGUUGGGCCCCGCUGUCAGAGUACCUGCCUGGAGACCCUCCGCAUUCUGUCCCGAGACAAGCGGGUCCUGGGCCCUGUGGGAACCCGGGAGGGCAUGUUGGUCCUGGCUGGGCUGGCCCGGUUGCGGGGGGGAGCGGAAGGGGGUGACAGCCUGCAGAGGGAGGUCCAGAUAGAGGAGAAAGAGAGGGUAGUGGUGGAGGCCCUCAAGUGCCUGUGUAACGUGGUGUUCAACAGCACAGCAGCGCAGCAGGUGGGUGCUGACGUGCAGCUUGCACGGGGUCUGUGUGCCCGCCUGCACGCCGCCCGCACUGGGCGCCACGAGGUGGGCCUGUUCUCUCUGCGCCUGCUCUUCCUGCUCUCGGCGCUGCGACCAGACGUCCGGGGGGCACUCCGAAGGGAGCUGUGUGCCGUGGGGCUCCUCAAAGAGGUGCUGGAGUGUACCCUGGAUGUACGUUGGGUGGGCCCCUACGAGGUGGCCCCUGUAGACCCCCAGGCCCUGCCCAUCCCUGCUGAAGAAAAUGAGAGGGCCAUGGAGGCCCUGAAAGCCCUGUUCAACCUCAUGCUGUCUGACACUAGCGACGAGGAUGGUGACCACCAGCUCCGCCUCAUCACCGCCAUCAUGCGCCAUCUAUUGAUGCAAAAGACUCAGGCAGAAGACAAAACAGAGGAAGCACACAGCCACGCAAUCAAUUUGCUUAGUAACCUGCCUGUGUCUUGUCUGGAUGUGCUGAUUGAUGUGCCCGUCCAGGGGGGCCAGGAGGAGUACAGCGGGAAGAACAUGGACGUUGUGCAGGUGCUACUGGAUUUCAUGGAGAAGAGGAUAGACAAGCAGGGCGCCAGCUACAAAGAGGGGCUGACCCCAGUUCUCAGCUUGCUGACCGAGGGCUCCAGGUACCACAGGGAGAUCCGCAGAUACAUCAAGACACAGGUGCUGCCCCCUCUGAAGGAGGUCAAGGUCCGGCCGGAGAUCGGGUCCACCAUCAGGAACAAACUGGUGCGUCUCAUGACCCACGUGGACAUGGGUGUGAAGCAGAGCGCAGCAGAGUUCCUAUUUGUCCUCUGCAAAGAGAACGUGGACAAGCUGUUGAAGUACACAGGGUAUGGUAAUGCAGCAGGACUCCUGGUGGCUCGAGGCCUGCUGGCAGGGGGGCGAGGAGAGACAAAGUAUUCAGAUGACGAAGACUCUGACACUGAAGAGUACAAAUCGGCUAAACCUUUCAUCAACCCCAUCACGGGCCACGUGGAGGAACCCAUGCCUAACCCCAUAGAAGAGAUGACUGAGGAGCAGAAAGAGUACGAGGCCCAGGAACUAGUCAACAUGUUCGACAAGUUGUCAAGGCAGCAGCUGAUUAGGCCCAUGGGGGUGAGGCGGGAUGGCUCACUGGCGCCCCUAGAGGAGGCUCUGAGACAGCCCACAACUGACAGCUGCAGCUCAGACUCAGACUAGAGCCACUACCACCCCAGACCCCAUAUACCUAUAAUAGGCUGUGUCCAACACAGUUCCGAUUUCCUCACACCCCUGUCUGUCUGUCUGGCUGUCUGUCUUCUUCUGUCUGUCAGACUGAAGGGGCCUUGCCCCGGCCUUUCCCCAUAGGCUGUUCUGUUCUCUAAAGCUGACUUAUGCCCGACUUGAUACGACACAGGACAGGGCAGGAUUAAGGUCGAGCACAUGUUCCGACCACACCAUUGUUACUACUUAAAUGUAUUUUUAUUUGAUGUACCAUUUCUCUGCUCAGUGUUCUCAAAUUUGAUAGAAUGGAAGAUUAGCUCUUAAUCAAAUUGUACUGUAAUCUGUAUAGAUGUGAAUCACUAGAAGCAUGGUAGCCGGGGUGGGGUUUGACCAAAUUUGACUUGGAUAGGAAAUCAUUCCUUAGAUAUAAUUAUGUAGAUUUUGUUCUUUAUAUGUUUAAAGUGUCAAUAUUUAUAAGGAUGAGAAGUCUUUUUUUUUUUUUUUUUGUAACAUUAUUAUCUAGAUGAUCAGAGCAGUAGCCACUGGUUUUACAGUACCAGUCGAAAGGUUCUUUAUUUUUACUAUUUUCUACAUUGUAGAAUAAUAGAAGAUAUCAAAACUAUGAAAUAACACAUGGAAUCAUGUAGUAACCAAAAUUGUUAACCAAAUAAAUGUA